CAGAGCCUUUGCUCACUAAGUAUCUCACGUUGCAUCCGCCAAAAAAUCUGUGAGUAUCAAGCUCCAAUCAUAUCGAGUCAACAGCUUGUUAAGUAAGCGUGUGAUGUAGACGGAUCACCUCGAAUUCCGCCACCAAGUCCAUCGGCACCCAAACUAAUGGACCUUAGGCUUGGACCUCAGUCAGUCAACGACGAACAGUCAAGGGCGUCCAAGUCCGAUAGCCAUCUACCACGGAAUGGCACUUGGCAGUCUGGAACCUCUGGGACGUCCAGAACGUCUUCCCAACGCAAUGGGUGCUCUUCUCCAGUAUCGUUUCCUGGGACAGAACCGACAAUCUUGGGAAGUGUCAAAUCCCUGGUUCCUUUAGCUCCGCGUUCACAGCUUUCCAAGAAGGUAUCAUUGCCAACAUGGCCAUCGUCUCCCACAACACUCGGAGCUGGGGAGCCAGUAGAACAGCAAAACGGGCCGGCAACUGGAACCAAUAAGACCGAAAACAUGAUCAGUCCUAGCCAGAAAGACUUCGAGAUGGACCCUGGUCAUGCCUUCUGGAGCUGGUCUGUCAAAAGUGAGAAUUGGUAUCAUGUCGAUAAACACACGGGAUCGGUUCUGUGGGCACCACGCGAGUUGGACUAGUGUUGGCUCAUUUCAUGCCGUUUCUUUGACGGAGAUUUGAUUUCUCAUGUCCUAGCGAUGAAGAUAAUAUUGUGUCUCGGUACCCGUUCCUCGUUUUGGUUUCAGAGACUAGUCAU